AUGUGUGCGAGCGAGAGGUGUGAUAUGGAAAGCCCCGGCGAGGAAACGGGACGGGUAGUUCCUCCCGCACCGCACACCCCCGCCGCUCCUCAGCCCAACAAUGGCUCCAAUAAGAUCAUCGGACGAAAUGUGAAUGGGACCAUGGUCGUGACGUCAGCUCCGGCUAACGAGGCUGAAUUACAACUGUACAGGGUGAUGCAACGAGCUAGUCUGCUGGCUUACUAUGACACCCUGUUGGAGAUGGGUGGGGAUGAUGUACAGCAAUUGUGUGAUGCUGGAGAGGAAGAAUUUCUUGAAAUAAUGGCUUUAGUAGGCAUGGCUUCAAAACCUCUCCAUGUCAGACGACUACAAAAAGCUCUUCAAGAAUGGGUGAACAACCCUGCCCUUUUCCAAAUACCCAUCGUUCCUAACCUCUGUCCGACUGAGAAUCCCUUUAUCCAAUGUAACCAAAGACUCCUCAAUAUGCCUCCUUCGAUUCCAAACGUCUUACCGAGGACGGUGGCCUCUCCAGAAAGUAGUAGACCAAUGUACAGUCCAUCACCUGGUGCUCCAGAGAACAGUUGUGGGUCCACUGCGUCCGCUCCUAACGCUAGUCCUGUCCACCAAGCGAAUACGUUUACAAAGAUAGUUUUACCGCCAUCUCCUGCACCAGCAGCACCUGUUACGUCAACUGCUUCCAGAUCGUUUUCCCCACAAAGUGCCUGUCCACCCGCCUCGGCUGGUUCCAGUCCAAGUUCAGUCACAUCACCAGUUCAACUAACACCAGUACUCCUGGACGUUCACGUCCAGAAGUUGGCCGCAGCUGCUGAGAAGUUGAGCAAACAUUUACCCCAACUGGAGCCAAAGCCACAGAAUACAAAGAAAAAAAUGUGCAAGGAUUUAGAAUUGGUGAUGAUGAUGCCGGAAUCAGAUCCAAGGCGGAUGGAGGAAAUAAGGAAGUACGCAGCGAUCUAUGGAAGGUUUGAUUGUAAGAGGAAGCCUGAGAAGCCAUUGACGCUACAUGAGGUGAUGGUGAACGAGGCGGCGGCUCAGAUUUGUCGCUGUGUGCCCGCACUCCUGACGCGAAGAGACGAACUCUUCCCUCUAGCGAGGCAAUUAGUCAGGAGGGCUGGCCUUCACUAUUCUAAGCAUGGCCUCCCACCCACAGCUUCAACAGGCGAGGACCGGGAGCAUGAUGAGGACGAGACGCCUCCGAAGCGACCGCGACAGGUCGCGCCCCAAACUGUAGACCUCACUGAUUAG